AUGGAUCAACAGCAGCAGAAAUCGGCCAAAGGCCGAGCUGCCGCUCGUGGCAAAUUGAGCCGUUCGCGAGCCGUGAGAUCCUCGUCGUCAUCUUCGUCGUCGUCGUCGAGUUUAUCGAGCAGCAGCGAUAAGGACGAUGCCGCGGCCGACGACGAGUCGAAGGAUUUCGGCUCGCGUAUCAAGCUGUUUCGCGAGCGUGGAAGAUCGUCCUCGUCCGCGAGACAGAAGAAGAGGCAGAAGAAGGUGGCGAACGACGAGAAGGAGAACAGAAUCGAGACGGCGGUCGAGCAACGGCAAAAACAACAACAAGAGGAGUCGAUAGGAAAGGAAAAAGAAGUUGUAACAGCAGCAGCAGCAGUACCUUCGACGAGUAUAGCGCAAACGAUCAAGAAGCGAUUCGGAUUCUUUCGCAGAUCCGAGAGCGUCAAGUCCGCUACCGCAGCGGAGAACGUGGACGUCGAGGCUGGAUUAAUGGUGAAGGAUCAGGACAAGGAGAGCUUGAUCGAUAGCAGCAAGAUCGACGAGGAGCAUGACGACAGUACGCGCGUACUCGAUGUCGUGGCAGACGUGCACGUGGAGAACGAAAAGCAGCAAAAGAAGAAGCAGGAUAGAUCGUUGUCGUCGUCGACCUCGCCGGAAAUCGUCGCGAUCGAGUCUUCGUCGCCGGCCCCGCCCGUCGAGGACGACAACAAUAUCGAAGAGAUCGGUUCGAUCGACGACGACGACGACGACGAUAACAACGAAGCUCGGCCAACUUCCGGCCGUAGAAAGCGCUGGGACAAGAAGAAGCCAGCGGCGGAAAAAAUCGGCGCGGAACUGAUCGAGCUCGAGGCGGACUCGAAGAGCCAGAGUAAUAAGCCACGCCAGCGUCGGCAGUGGGCCAAGGGCGGAGCGGCCAGUGCCGAGAUACGCAACUCCAGUGGCCAAAGGAUUCUCCUGCCCGAGAGAUCGGCAACGGCCGAGCCCGUGGUUAGGCCUGCCUCGUCGAGGCUUCGAUCGAGGCCGCCGAUAGCCGCUCCGAGAUCGAGGGAUCCUCGAAAAGAGGAGAAAGGGGGUGGAUUCGACAACGAAGCUUUUUCGUCGGAUCACGACGAGGUCUUGCGAAUCGAGACGAUCGACGAUCGCAGCCCGACCAUCAAAAUGAGCAACGGUGGAAGCGAGUACAACGACGACGAUAGCACGACUUUGAGCGAGGAGCAGGAGGAGGAGAAAAGAUUGCCGAGCGAUCGUAAAUCCAGCAUCGAAAAAGCUGAGAUACAAGACUUCACAGCCCCAACGUCGUCAACGAACACGACUACAACAACCGAAUCGAGCGAGAUUCAAGACUCGCCUCGCAAUGAUAAUAAAAUCGCCUCGUCGUCGAGGCGAUCGUCGAAAUCUAGCGUAAGACGAAAGUCUUCCGGCGAGAAGCGAUCGUCCGGUGGCCGAGGAGACGACGACGAUUUCGACGAAGAGGACGAGGAAGAGGAGGAUCAGGAGACGACGACGGUACUGACUGCCAUGCAGCGAGGCGGCAGCAAAUCGAGACGCUCGUCGAGGAGCUCGAGCAAGAAGAUAUCGGCGGACAACUUUUUCGAGAAACGACGAGGACGAUCCAGUGGGGAUGAGACCACGACCAUCACGACCAACGAAGACAUGCAUACGUCCCGGAGAGACUCUCGACACUCGCGCAAAUCGAAAUCGUCAUCGAGACGUAACGACGACGACGAAGACAAGAGCAGCAGUCGACGCUCGUCGAAGCAUCGUGCUGCCAAGCAGCCAAACACGAGCUCGUCGACGACACGUUAUUCCGGCGACGAGCGACGACAACAACAACAACAACAACAAUCACAACGACCGCAAAAGCCACCGCGUAAAUCCAGAUCGAAAUCGAAGAGGCGCUCGAGACGAAAAAAAUCCUCCGAUCGAUCCGAUGCUGCUGCCGCUGCUGCUGCAACGAACGACGAAGAGGAGGAAGAGCAGCUGAGAUACGCGUCGAUCAGGAUCCAUCGCUCGGACAUGCUCGAGGCGGAUUACCUGACGCGACGACCGAUGGUCAAGGUGCACCUGGUCUACGCCGAGACCGGCGAGUAUCCACGGUCGAGAGGUGCCAAGCCGAGCGACGAGCAGCAGUCGCUGCUGCCGAUCGUUACCGAUCGCUUCGACUUCCGGGCCAAGAGGUCGAUGGUGCCCGUCUGGGAGCAGGAGCUCGUCUUCGAGUUCAAUUACAGGCAUCUGCUGGCCCAGGGCCGAGCUGCCGUCGUGCUGCUGUUCGAGAUUAUCGAUCGAGUCAGCGGCGGUGGUGGUGGCGGCGAUGACGACGAUGGCGGCUCGUUCGAUCGGAAUGACACUCGCGACCCGUACUGGUACAAGGUCGCUUGGGCGUUUCUUCGCCCGGUCGGCGUCAACGGCGCCCAGCACGUGGACAAGCGCGUGCGUCUGCAGCUCUACCGGCCGAAGAAGUCCUUCUGGCGCUGCUCGACGAUAACGACGAGACGCAGCAACAACAACAACAAAAACAACAACUCGAAAACGCCGACGAGAUGCGACAUAUACAAGUGGUGGAAGUCGUCGGCGAGCAGCCGCGUCAAGUACCCGAGCAGUCUGUACGUGACGGUGUGCGGCGUCGAGCCGUCCACGCCCCGACUGCUCGAGUCCGUGCGGAUGACGACUCGUCAACAUCCCGACGAGCAGCCGCUGAAGAUCGACGAUCUGACCGAUUUGAACAACGACGAGGACGACAAUAACAAGACCGGAUGCCGACCGUUGAUUCUGGACGAGGAGUCGUCGAGAAUGACGACGACGACGGAGCUCGGCAGGCCCAAGUGGACGCGUCACGCCGCCCAGUCGUGCCAGAUACCCAACGACCUGGCCUGGGAGACGGACGAGACGAGCGAGCGUGGCUGCUUCGCGCUGGCGUUCAGCCACGACGGCAAGUAUCUCGCCUGCGCCUGCUCCGAGGAGUACGACUAUCCGAUCCUCGUUUACAAGCUCGACGACGGCAAGGUCUCGAUGCGCUUCGCCGGCCACAAGAACUUCGUCUACUCGGUGAACUGGUCGGGCGACGAUCGCCAGCUCGUCACCUGCUCGUCGGACCAGACGGCCCGCGUCUGGGACGCGGCCGAGAAAAUCAUCGAGCCCCUGCAGGCACUGCCGCACCCGUCCUACGUUUACUGCGGUCAAUUUUUGGCCGGCAACAGCGGCAGCAGCAUCGUCACGGGCUGCUACGAUCACGUGGCUCGCGUCUGGUCGCGGUCCGCUCGCGAAACGACGAAUUACGAGCUGAUCCAGGAGCUGGAGGGCCACGAGAGCUUCGUCAGCGCCGUGUGCUGCUGCGACGAGGCUGGGGACCAGCUGAUAACGGGCGACGGCGCGGGUACGCUGAUCGUCUGGCUGCUGCAGGCCAAGAAAACUUCGACGCCGACGAGCUCGAGCAGUCAUCGUCAUCGUCGUGGAGUCAGAAAGGAGUGGCAGAUCGCCAAGAAGCUCAAGCUCAAGGAUCUCGAGGGCGUCGCCAUCAAUACUCUCCUGGCCCUGGGCCGCAGCGCCAACGGACCGCGACUGAUCGUGCACUCGCGCAACGACGAGCUGCGUCUGCUCGAGGCCGCCACGGGCCUGGUCGUGCGCAAGUUCACCGCCCCGGCGCAGCUGCGUCGCAAUCGGCGCAUACAGGCCAGGGCGUGCGCCUCGCCCUGCGGCGGUCUGCUGUUCUGCGGCGGCGACGAGGCCUCGCGCCUCUGCUGCUGGUCGCUGGACACGGGCCGACUGCUGGCCACCUACGAGCCGACGACCAGUCAUCCGAAUCAGGCCUGCACCUGCGUGGACUAUCAUCCGUACGAUCACGCGCUCGCCUACGGCUGUUACGGAGCGCCGGGUCAGCCCGUGCGAGUGCUGAGGUACGAUCGCGAGGCCGACGGCAGCCGAGUGGGACUGAGGCUGCUGCAGGCGCAGGGUCUGCCGCAGGCGAGGAUCAAGCUGCUCGAGCCCGUGAGCAGUAGGAAUGGCUCGGCGACGAGGAGCUUGACGACCUCUCGGAACGGUAAUAAUUUAUUGGCUCGUUUCGGGCGCGUCGACGACAGCGCGGAGGACGACGACGAGUCGAGAUCGAAAUCGAGACAGCAGCAGCUGCAAUUGAAGGGCAGAGUGCAGAAUUUCAUGGAGACGGGGCCGAGUCUGCGUGCCAAGAGUCUGAGUCGGCUGAGCGGCAUCAUCGAGAAGAUCGAUCGUAUACUCAUGUACGCGACGAGUCAUCAUCAUCACAAUCAUCAACAGAAAUCAUCGGGUACCGUAAUGGUCGACGUCGAGGCCGCGCGAAGAGAGGACGAUGAUCCACCCGACGCCGCUGCCAAAGUGUUCACGCAGAGAAACGCCAGCCCCGUGGAGAUCAUCGAGUUGAAGGACUUGCCGCCGCCGCUACAACCGAGCAAGAAGCCAAGAAAGAGAUCCAAGAGCGCGAGAAACGCCUGCUCGCCGACGACCCCCGACAACUCGGCCAAGUCCUUCUUCUCCGACGGCAAUAAUCGUCGACGCAGGUAUUCGGGUCGGGGCAGCGACGACUCGGCCGCCAAUCGACAGGGGGGACAGUUCGUCUUCGAGACGGUGGAUCUGGACAAGAUCGAGACGGACGAUAAUUACGAUUACGAGCCGGAACAGCAGCAGCAGCAACGCAAGGACUCGCUGGAUACGAUCGUGGAUGGGAGGGAGGAGGAUUUCCCGAGCGAGGAGGUGCUGGACGUCGAGUCGUUGAAGAGCGACGAUACCUACGUGGUGAACAAGGACGAUGGCGACGAUGACGGUGCGACACCGGCCGUUAAUAAUAGUAUUAGCAAUAAUAAUAAUAAUAACAACAACGAGGAUGGAUCAUCGGACAGGAGCAACGCGACUUUCGUGAUCGAGAGCGAGAUAGCCGCUGCAGCGCCGGUGCCGAAGCCGAGGAGAAGGAUCGGCAAAAUCGAGCUCGCUCGAUGA